CAUGUCCAUAAUGUAUUUUUCUCCUGUGGUCAUAAAAAAUGUGGAAGAAGGUUUUCUUCAUAUCGUUGCUUUGCUGUUCACAUGUCAAGAACACAUUCAGACUUAAAGACCAGUCAAACCCAAAAUCGAACUCUAUCUGUACAGUUAAAAUGCUCAUUCAAUUUUUGUACAACAGAAUAUGUGGAUGUCAAAGGGAUAAUUUCUCAUCUAAGUGGCCACAUAGAAGAAGGUUUAGCAAUAACUUGCCCUUUUGAUGGGUGCUCCAAAAUGUUUCAUGUGAAACCAUCCUUUUCAUCUCACAUCUCCAGGUAUCAUAGGGGAUGGAAUGAAAGUCAAAUAUCAGCUGUGCUUUUAUGUGACGUUGCAGAACAGCAUCUUGAGGAAACGGUUUCAGAACAGUCAAGCUCAGAGUCUGAUGUUCGAAGAAUGAUGGCUGAAACCUAUAGCGUCCAGCGAGCAGCAAUCAACAGAGGAAACUCCAUCAGCAAGUUAUUAGAAGACUGGCCUUUUCUCUUUGAAGCAAUCCACCUGUUUGAUCACACAACCACCCUUCUUGGCUUCCCAGUACAAACCAGACUGGCAGAGGAAUUGUCAAAGAAAGAAAAGACAAUAAAGGACUUCCUUGGGUCCAGAGGGGUGGAUAUUCCAGGAAGUGAUGCUGUCCAGGUGAUUAGUGGAAUCGCAAAAUUCUUCAAGGAGAAACCAGCCCAACUAUUUUGUCAAAAUGAGCUGCUGCAUCCAGAGAGUCCUGAUCUUGACCUGCCAAGCACCCCAUGCAUCUUUAUAAUGGGUGAACAGCUUUUUAAAGUUGCUGUUGACCAAAUGAUUGUGAAUGACCACAUCAAGUCACCCAUCGCUGCCCUAAGCUACGCCUUCUCCAUGUUUUAUGUCUUGAACAUAAAAUAUCCAAAAGACAUGUCCCUGACACUGGAAUUUAUACAAAGAGUCUUUCUGGGCUUAAACCCCAAACGAGGGUCAAAGGCUGAAAUGAAGGGGAAGAAGCAUCAUCACAUUCCACCCCGACUGCUCAAGUUUGUAAAUGAACUGUAUGACUUUGACAGUCCAUGGAAAAUGUGAUUCUUGUAAAAGGUGAUGCUUCAUAAUGUUCUCUGUUAUGUUGACAGCAGUUCAGAAAAUAGUAGUUGGAUGUUGGUCCUUGUUUACACCUGUGAUUUUAAUCUUGUAAUGCAAAUUGCAAGAUUAAAAUUGUAUUUUUUUAAUGUUAGUGUUGGAUUGUGUUAAUUAAAUUAAACUUAACAAAAUUAUUAAAUUGACUUCAAAGUCUGGACUCAAGAAUGAACUUUACAUUGACCUUAACAACUUUUAAAAUAUGUUUGACUGAAUAUAUAAUUGAGAAUGCAAUUUGUAAUUAUAUUGUAAUGAUGUGUUGAUAUGGUAUUGAAAAACCAUGAACUGCAAAAUAAAAUUUGCAAAUGGA